CUCAAAAUUGUCAAACUCGAAAAAGAAAGAAGAUGCAGCUGGUCAAUUUCUAGGUGUGUGGCGGAUGAUGUAGGUAUCAGAUUUAAAGCCAUAAUGCUACUCAGCAACGGAGAUGCCCAUGGUGGAUUUUCUCCUUCAAGUUCAAAGCUAGAAUCAGGAAGACCGGUGCAUCAUUCUAAUAUUGUUUAAGGAUGCUGCCUCGCAUACAGAAUUAUAAUGACCAGUCCUGGCAGUGUCGUGGCGUAGACUUCGCUUUUUGAAGAAGUCUACCUCAGGAAGACCGUGUUUUGAGUAAAGAUUCUGGUACUUGAGGCGUGACGAUGGCGAUAGUGUUGUGAUCAUGCUGUAAGGUGCAGCAUCAAGAAAUAGUCUGGGCAGCGGAGUGGUUUAGCAACUUGCUUUAGCUUAGUAAAGCAUGCGAAGCAGAAAGCUUUAGUGAGACGGGUAGGAACCUAGAGUAUCUCUAAGCCACCAACGUCUGGUCCAAACAGUUCAGGAGCUGCUGAACCAGGAUUCUGGGGAUGGCAGACAAUUGACAUCUUCGUCCUGGAAGAUGCUCAAAGCAGAGGCGCACGCCUGCGCUAAUGUAGACCGCUACUAGCUCCAUGGAGAGCAAGUAUGAGAUUGCAGUUUAUCUGCACAGUUUCCUGAACCUGGACCUCUUCUCCCAAGGUUUCUAUGCCAUCAAGAUCCGCUGCAGGGUAGAUGAUCAGCACGCUCAGAAUGCGGUUCUGGGGGUUCCCGCUAGAGUCGUACAGUACGGCCAAGUAGAGGAUGCAGACCCCGGGCGCGUUGCUGACGCUGUCUGGCGGUUGGAGGAGAAGGACAAGAGCUUCACGAGCAGGAUUUUCUGGAUAAAGUAUGCGCGCCAGGACGUGCCGCUUCAGGAAAUGGUGGCCUUUGACCUAGUCGUUCCGGAAGCCCACGGUCCUCCGGCUUGCGGGUUUGUCAUCGAUUUCGACCUGUUGCAUGGAACCGCAAACAAGGAGCUCCCCCAGGGGGUCGGCACGCUGCAGCCCCCCAAUGAUCUCCCCCUAGUCGCCUCGCAAUCUUUCCGUAUCGUUCCUGCCGCCUGCACCGGCCUCCACUCCUACUGCGCCGUCCAGUUCGACACGCUCCACCUGUCGCUGUUGGAUGCGACCAUACACUGCACGCUGCUCGACAUUCAAAAUACGGCGCCCUGCGGGGGAGAUAGUGUUGAGCACUGGAACGGUGUCGAUCCGUCUUCUCGGGGGCAGAGCCCCGAGGCCUCUUUACGCUCCAGGGUGCGCGCGCUGCUAGCGAAUCCUUCGGAAGCCGCCAGUCCCGAACCUCAUGAGGGAUCCCCCGCGCAAUCCGUGAGUCCGACGGGCGUGACACCGCGGUCGAAGCACCCCCCCAUGUCGAAAACGCUCGACAGCAUGCUGUCCUCUGUCCUGCCCCCGUCAAUGCUCUCCCCCAAAAACGCGGAGCCCGCCGCUGACGUGCCCCUGAAAAGCUGGCGACGGAAGAAGCCGAAAGCGCCUCCGGAAGCGGACCCUCCCGAAGUCGAUUACGCAGCCGCGCUUGAGCGGUGGUCGGAGGCGAGGGACAAGCUUCAGGUAGACCUGGACGAGCUCCGGAGGUUGCUGAUGGAUCAUGGGGUCAGCAUGAAGUCAUCCGGCCGAAGCCCCCGGACAGGGGGGCGCACGGGCGGCUGGAACGCGGAGGCCGGGGCCACGACGGCCUGGGAGUGGAGCGCACGGGUGAUGCGCAAGUUUGUGCGGGGCCUGUGGAACGAGUUUCUGGAGCUGCAUCGAGAGCAGCCGCGGGUGAUCACAGAGCAUCUACGAACCCGGUGGCGUGACGCGCGCGCCACGGAGUGGGCCUUCUGGACCGUAAACCCAGACGCCCCGCUCUCUCCAGCGGGCUCGUUCCUGGCACUGCGAGCGGAGUACGAGCAGCGCGGCCGCAAGGGGCGGUCGAGGCUGGGGCCGUCGGACGUGCUCUCUGCACGGGCGGCCGAAGCGCACAGAAAGGGCAUCGGAGAUGGGACGGGCUGCUUGUUACAGGACCUCUCCCUCUACCAGCAUCCUGAGCGCCACCCGAUCCUCUCCACAGAGCGCCACGUGGCAGGCCAGCACCGCUACACGUCACUCUCCCACUACCGCCCCCCUCUGGCCGCCCUGGAAACCUCCCCCAGUAGCAGUCCCUGGUCCUUCCGGAGCACUCCCCUGGAUUCGCCCGCCGACCUUUCCCCCACCUCCUCGCCCCCGCCGGAAGAUACCCCCAGAAUGAGUAGAUUGUCGCUGCCCCCGGGGGUGGCUUACGGGAACGGUAACAUGGAGCUGCCGCCGUCUGUGCAGCGUUUCCUCGCGGAGACGCCCCCCGUGGAGUCGUACGAGAUGCUGGUGCAGGAAAUGGCGCGCGUGUCGCCGCCGGGGGUGCACGUGGUUGUGUUUGUACAUGGGUUCCAGGGCCACCACCUGGACUUGCGCCUGGUUCGCGACCAUUGGCUCGUCCUGGACCCCUCCAUCGAGCCGCUCAUGUCGCACGCAAACCAGGACCUCACCUUCGAGCCCAUCCAAGACAUGGGCGCGCGUCUCGCGCUCGAAGUCGCGGAGUUUCUCGACGCCCUGUUUGGCAAACCCGCGCGCACCCACGGGCGGUCCACCCUCUCCAAACUCAGUUUCGUGGGGCACUCCCUCGGUAACCUGAUCGUGCGGUCAGCGCUAACCCACCCCGCGCUGGAGCCGUUCCUGGGGCGUCUUCACACCUGCCUGUCGAUAUCCGGGCCGCACCUGGGGUACCUGUACAGUGGGAAUGCGCUCUUCAAUUCGGGGCUGUGGUUCAUGAAGCGGUUCAAGAACUCGGCGUGCAUGCACCAGCUGACGUUCUCGGACCGGGAGAACGUCCAGGAAUGCUACCUGUUCCAGCUCAACCAGGCGCGCACCCUGGACCUGUUUAAGAACGUGAUCCUCGUCGCGUCGCCGCAGGACCGCUAUGUACCAUACCACUCGGCGCGCGUCGAGAUGUGCUCGGCGGCGAUCAAGGACCUGAAGAGGGGCCCUGCAUACGCAGCCAUGAUCAUGGGCUGCUUGGGAAAGCUGACGGGGGCGACCGGGGACGCGGAGGGGCUCGAAAGGUCGCAGACUCUGCUACGGUGUGACGUCAAUUUCGACACGGCCGCGAGCGGUCGGACAUUCAGCAGCAUGUUGGGCCGGACCGCCCACAUCGAGUUGCUGGAGAACGAUGUGUAUAUCAGGUGCCUCUUGUGGACGCAUAAAGACUGUUUCCUCUGACCUCGGAAGUGACUCACAAUUAAUCUCGAAGAAUUGCUGUUGGGAGUAGGGUUUAAGCUAAUAACGUCUGGUGGCGACUGCUAAAAGGUAGUGCCUUCGUCGACAGCGCAAGUCAGCCGUCGGAGUUGGUCUUCGUAGAUUCGGUUAGCGGAAGGGUUCCUUGCUAGUAGCUAUGGCGGGUUGCCUGUGGGCGCCUGAUUGCAUUCGAGACGGUGCUCGUUCGGAAGCGAGUCUAGGUGGUGGUUUCGGAUAUGUUAGCGCCUAUGGCUGUUCGAGGGUGCCGGGAGUACGACAGUCAGUGGUGAGGUUGCUGGCAUGUGUAUCAUGCUAGGACGUUAGGCUUUAGCUAGUCCCGGUUAGCUUCAAGAUAGACAUUUUGCUAUGAGUAUGAUGUACAUUUGCGUAGUUCGAGCCGAGGUUCGGCGAAUGCAUUAUUGACACUUGCAUUGAAGCAGUGUAAUGUGUUCGAGCCCAUAAUUGUCAGGGGGAGCCUUCUUCCUAGUAAAUUAAUCAUAAGUGCGCACAGAUUGGCCCCACGAGCUGACGGUUCAACAGGACACGCGCCCGCGGCCGCUUGCUCAAAGCGUCCAGCUACUUUCCGGGCCAGUCGCCUUGAUUGUUUGUUCGACCCUAUUCCAAAUAAGUAUCAGUAUACC